ACCUCAGAAGAAACCCCUAAAGUGACACUUUGUACUCGUCGUUUCUCUCGGAAUUGUGUAGAAGAAGAUGAUGAAGCAAGCUCGCACUUUGCUCUCCAGGAGCCUUUGCGACCAGCAUAAGUCACUCUUGGAAGAGAAAGUGAGAGCUACGACGUUGCGUGGUUUUGCAAGCUGGUCAGAUUCUUCUCCAUCUAGAGGUGGCUUCUCUGGUCAAAAAGAUGCUGCAAAGCCUAGUGGUCGAGUGUUCGCACCUUAUGCUAUUUUCAAGGGCAAAGCUGCUCUCUCUGUUGAACCUGUUCUCCCCACUUUCACCGAAAUCGAUUCAGGAAACCUUCGGAUAGAGCGUCGUGGAUCUUUGAGGAUGACUUUUAUGCCUUCUAUUGGUGAGCGUAAGUACGAUGGGGGACAGAAACAGUUGUUUUCUUUGUCACCUACGGAAGUUGGAUCCUUGAUUAGCAUGGGUUCCAAAGACAGCUCUGAGUUUUUCCAUGACCCUUCCAUGAAGUCAAGUAAUGCUGGUCAAGUCAGGAAGACAUUGUCAAUUAAGCCCCACGCGGAUGGUAGCGGCUACUUCUUCUCAUUGAGCGUUGUCAAUAACAUCCUCAAUACCAAUGACCGUUUUGUGGUUCCUGUCACAACAGCUGAAUUUGCAGUGAUGAAGACAGCUUUUAGUUUUGCCCUUCCACACAUCAUGGGUUGGGAUCGCGUAAUAGAUCAAGUUGGUACUGGAACGCAGAAGACUACUUCACAACAUCUAACGACUGGUCCUCAGCAUAUUGAGCAGGAGUGGGAUAAAUGAACUGAUAGAGUAGUAGGAACGGAGUAAAUUGGCAAUGCACAUGUUCUUUUUUGUGGAAUUUGGUGCACACAAAAAUCGGCAUGCUUUGUUUUUGAAUCUAACAUAUCCUCUUUUAAGACUUCUAAUCAUAUAGGGCUUCUGCCCGUUUUCAUUAGCA